AUGGUCUUAAUCACCCUGGCACUUUUGCGUCCUCGAAUACCACCACGCAAAGCGGGACCACUGGUUGAAUGGAGUGCUUUCAAGGAGCCGGCCUACAUGCUUUUUACUUUGGGAGUCUUUCUUCUAUACUGGACCCUUUAUUUUGCCUUCUUCUACGUGCAAGUCUAUGCGACUGAAAAGCUUGGUUUGUCCCAAGAAGCCGGGGUGAAUUUGAUUAUCGUCACCAAUGCCCUUGGAAUACCCGUCCGCCCCCCUUGUGGCUAUCUAGCUGAUCAUUAUAUCGGCCCACUUAAUUUAAUGAUUCCUUGGGUAGCGCUGUGCGGCAUUCUGAUGUUCUGCUGGGCUGCCGUUGAUACAGUGGCCGAACUAUAUAUCUUUGCUGUGUUUUACGGGCUGGCAUCGGCGGCAGCCAUGGCCUUGUUUGCUGGCACUAUUCCUUCACUAGCCAAAGACCUGGACAAGAUCGGUACUCGAGUCGGCAUGUCGCUUUUCAUGAUAAGCUUCGGGCCCUUAACCUGUCCGUCUGUGGCGGGGGCAUUGAUAGCGCGCACGGGGGGUGACUACCUGGCUGCACAGAUAUGGGCAGGAGCAGCCCUACUCGCGGGGGUAUUGGCCCUUGUGGAGCACGGGUCAUAA